UAUCAGCUGUUUGCUGCUAGUUCGCCAGCUGUAGCAGGGAGUUGAAGUUUAUUGUUUGGGAAGCAAUAUGGCUAUCUGGUGAUUAGUAAUUGUGCGAUACGCAAGACAAAGAAACAACGCAGUUCUCAUGAUAUUUGGAGCCGCGUUGUAGAUAAAAUAGUAGUUGAUUUAAGUAAAAAGUAAAUAUAAUAAAUAGGAAUGUUGGAGCUCGAGGUAGUGCCCGAAAGAUCCCUUGGUUGUGAGCAGUGGGAAUUUAUUUUAGGUAUGCAUUUUUCCCAAUCUGUAUCAAUAAUACAAUCUCAAGUGGGCAUUAUAAGAGGAGUACAAGUACUUUAUAGUGAUAGUAAUCCAUUAGAAGUAGAUUUAGUAAUAAACUUACCUCAUGACGGCGUUAGACUCAUAUUUGAUCCAGUGGUGCAGAGGCUUAAAAUAAUUGAAAUUUAUAAUAUGAAAUUAGUUAAAUUGAAAUAUUGUGGUUUGCCAUUCAAUUCACCCGAGGUAUUACCAUCGAUCGAACAAAUUGAACAUUCGUUUGGAGCUACUCAUCCUGGAGUGUAUGAUAGCGAGAAACAGGUUUUUGUGUUAAACUUCAGAGGAUUAUCAUUUUAUUUUCCAAUUGAUUCAAAAUUUCAACCAGGAUAUGCACAUGGCUUAGGGUCAUUACAAUUUCCAAAUGGUACUUCUCCUCUUGUUGCAAAAACAGCUAUUUAUGUUGGUAAUAUGGCUACUGGUUCCAGUAGCGAAGAACAUAGUUUAAAAGCCCCACCACCGCCAUUACCACUUGUGUGUUAUCAUAAUAAUUUAUAUUUGGAAAAGGCUGAGGUUAUACGCGAUAAAACACAUACACGAGGACUCAGACUACACCUUUUCACCGAAGGAAGUUCCGUAACAAGGGUGCUAUUAGAACCGAAGAAGCGAUCUCUCACCAAAGAAAUUUUAUUUGGUGAUACAUGCGAAGAUGUACUAAGUGCUCUUGGUGCGCCAUCAAGAGUAUUUUUUAAAGCAGAGGAUAAAAUGCGAAUUCAUAGUCCUCAUGCACAUAAACGUGAUAAGAUUAGAAGGUCUGAUUUUUUUUAUAAUUACUUUACGUUAGGAUUGGAUAUAUUAUUUGAUGCCAAAACUCAGUGUGUAAAGAAGUUCGUUUUACAUACUAAUUAUCCGGGACAUUAUAAUUUUAAUAUGUACCACCGUUGUGAAUUUAUAUUAAUUUUACCUCCAGAAAAUAAUUCCACUGAGUCGGGUAAACUUAUUGACGUUUCCCCAUCUCCAGUUACGAUUGUUAUCUCUCAGAUCACUGCCUAUACAAAAUGGGAUGGCAUAAGUGAACAGUUAAAGGCAAGUGCACGUCCUGUAGUGUUAAAUCGUGCAUCUUCAACAAAUACGACGAAUCCAUUUGGAUGCACGUUUUGUUAUGGUAUACGUGAUGCAAUUGUUGAAGUUAUGGCCAAUCAGCAUAUUGCCAGCGUAACUCUCUAUAAAGCAGCGUGACCAUAAUUAUAUUUCAAUUAUGGUGCAUUAGAAAAAGACCACUAAAAGAAAAAAAAGAAAAGGGAAAAAAAAAAAGAAAAAAAAACAGAAGAAAGGCAAGCACACCUUUGAGAUAGAUAUGAAAGCAAAACAAAUUUACAGUUGAUUUUUGCAUAUCUCUCAUUGAAAGACUGCAUGAUAAGAGGCGUAUGUCAGGUGGAAAAAAGUUCAUAAGAACACUCAUAAGGUUUUUAAUAAUAAUAUGAUUUUAAGAUGCAAGCGUUGUGAUUGAGGUAAUGUUUGAGUACUCAUUUGCAUCGAUAUUAUGAUGUAAGAUGGAGUUCAGAGGCAAAAAAAAUAAUUAUAUCGUUUUUCAUAACAUUUAUGUAUGUAUCCUUAAAAUUUACACUUUCUUUUUUUUAGUGAGAUUUAACAUAAAAAAAAUUUCCAACACCGAAAGAUCAAAUUUAAUAGUUUAUUUUCAAUGUAUUUUACAAUUAUAUAUUUAUCAUAUAGCAAAAAAGAAAAACGUAACACUUGAGCUUGAAUAUAUUAAAAAAGAAAAGAAAAAAAAAAAAAUAAAAUAAAAUAAAGUAAAGUAAAAUAAAAAAGUAGUAUCACAAAUUAAUAUGAAUUUUGAUAGUUAAUAAAGUAUAGUGUUAAUGCAGCGAUAAUGAAUAAUAUAACUAUACUAUAUAUAUACGUACAUAUACAUAUAUAUAUAUAUAUACAUUAACAUAUGCUUAGAUGAAGUAAACACUUAACUUUCAUAAAGCAAAAUUUUAUAAUACGUGUGUUGGAGAUUGAGGAUCAGAUAUCAAGCAAAAGAAAGAUGUGUUUAAAGCAAGUAAUACAGUGUGCAAUACUGUUUAGAUAGUUAUAAUGCUUUUACGUUUAGUAAAAUCGAUCGAGAAUUUCAUACAAAAGUUGAAAGAAAAGAUAUUUCUGGAUUUUUUUUUUAUGCAAAAUAUCUUCGGUUGAUAAUAGUAAAAUAGAGACACAAGAAUUUAUUUUGCCUAUAUCCGUAUUUAUUAAAAAAAAAAAAGAAAAAAAAAGAAAAAAAAGAAAAGAAAAAAAAAAGAAAAAAAAAAUAGGAAGUAAAAAAGGGAAUGUUCAACGAGUAUAUUUCAGUUUUUAUGUCCGUAAUUGAAUUAUUAAUUGAAGAAAAAAAGAAAAAAACAACAGGAAUUAUUUCAAUGUAAAACUGAAGAGACGUACAUGCAUAUAUCGGCAUAUUUUUUAUUAAGAUGCACAUUUUUGUGUAAAGUACUCAUAGAUUAUUUACAUGCCUUAUAUAUAUACAUAUAUAUAUAUAUAUAUAUAUAUAUAUAUAUAUAUAUACAUACAUACAUACAUAUGUGUUCAUCUAGUUUGGUGUAAAAGUAUUUCGAAGACGUUUCGUUAAUUUUCAAUCCCGGUAGAGAUAUUAGGGCGUUUUAUUUAUAUAAUAAUAGUAAUAAUAAUAAUAAUAAUAAUAAUAAUAAUAAUAAUAAUAAUAAUAAUAAUAAUAA